CUUCCUUCUCGUCGUGUGUCGUGCAGCAUAAAAAAGCAUAACUUUCACCGCACACGCAGCUCACGGGUACGGGAAGAGUGCGGUUCUCCCCCUUCGUGUUUGUGGCUUUUUCGCGAGUGGCCGAUUCUGUGCGGAAUUGCUCGGGACGUGGAAAACCGCAAACCAACCAGCUCGUCUUGUGUCGCACGCGAAGGAGUGCAUUCCGGAGAAAAUCCUUAUCCUUCUUCUGGUUGGUGGUGGAGGACGUCCGGAGAGGUGCGGAGAGGUGUAGGUUUGUUGUUUUUCCGGCCCAACAGCGGGGAGUGUGCGCCGUGCUCCAGAAGAAUUGUUCACAGAAGGAGCCAGAAAGCGAACGGAGUCAUCUGGUUUUCCCUCCCGUGGUCACAGCAUCACCGACCAGCGGACAUCGCCGAGAUCCCCACCCCCCUCUGGGUGCGCUGAAGACGACGACGAGACCAACGACCGAAGCAACCGCCAGCCCAGUUGCUGGAAACACGAGAUGCGAACGAUUGCGUUGCACUCGGCAGCUCGUUGUUAAAUAUUUUCACAAAAUUAUCGGACUGGAAGUGCAAUACUGGCCGUCGGUUCCAGCGCAGGAAAAGAUGGAAAAUGCAAUUUUAGUGCACUGGUGGCGCCUCGCAUGAUUGGAUGCGCACAGACAACAGACACGCACACAUACAGGCGUGCACCGGAAAUUGGAUGGAGACGUAGGUGUCGUAAGAGCAGCAGCGACGGCAGCAACAUAAUCGGAGACCGUUUCGCGCUUGCUACGAUCUGCAUUUAUGUUUUCGCGAAGACGGGCUUAGUGAGUGCAGUUAGAGCAGGAAGGAGACGUGUCUAGUGAGUCGCCGUCCCAUCCCGAAUCGUCCGUGUUUGUUUUGCCCUUUUGCACUCUGUCUGUCCUGGUGCUGUGUUGGUUGGUGAUUCUUUGUUGCUCUCGCCAGUUAUCCCGCGUGCCCAGUGCCAAGAACCGUACCAAGGAUUCCAUCCGUUCUUUCUUUCAUUCUCUGCUCGCACUAUGGUGCUCGGUGGUUUGUGCGUUGUGGCCGUAGCGGAAGUGUUCGUCCUGUCGCCAGCACACUAAAGCCACGGCCAGUGUUGAAGGCGGACACGGUGAUAAAAGCUGCGUGGCCAGUGAAGUGUGGCUGAAAGUGGAGCACCAAUUCCACGUGCACGGAAAGGACGGACGUGGACGACGUGCUCUCGGUGCGUGCUGUGCCUGGACCCGGACCUACCACCUGGCAGCAGCAGCUUUAUCGAUAAAGCGACGUCAAACGGACACAUCGAAAUCGUUUGAUUGCCGGCGUUGGAAGAAGUGCUUUUACUAUCAAAUUGCGGUGCGUUCGGCGGAAGUGGACCGGUAACCGCACACGGAACGAUGAAUGCGGCACCGGACUAUGGUGCUGCGCUUCGACAGAGCUCCCCGAGACACGACUAUCACCAGCAGCAUGAACCGAAUGCCGAAUAUCAGCACUUUCCGGGUGGUCCAGGUGGACAGCAGUACCAGAACCAGCAGCAGCAGCAGCAACAGCAACAGCAGCAACAGCAGCAGCAGGAUUUGACCAUCGAUGGCAUCCCGAACAAUUUUCCCCAUCGCCGGUCGCGAGCAUCGCGAACAUUCAAGAAUCCACCUCAGCCGCACAUGUGCAUCAAGGAGAAGACGCUCGAUGGCAAGGAGGUGUUCAUUAAUGUACUCAGCUGGACACGGAUCGCCAACCCGGACAAUCCGGACGCACCGAUCCCGCUGUACGGUGGCAUGAAGGUGGGCAAGAUUCCACCGGGCAGCCCGAAGGUGCCACCCCUAGUCUACGCUGUGAUGGCCAGCCCCGAGGUGCUGAAAAAGGCUGGACGAAAGUGUCCCGACACACCGGAACGCAUGAAUCUGGUCGAUCUGAUGUGCGAGUUCGUGGAAGCGAUGAAUCCGUCGCUGCACCUCUCAAGGAAACCCGAAAUACUGAAGGACCGGGAUCUGUCCGGGGAACUGAAGGAUGUGUGGAGUGCGGUCCAGGCGUGCCGUGAUAAGUGUCGCACGGAUAACGGUCCUCCGGAAAACCUUGUCGUUUAUACCGAGUUCGGUCCGGACAGUGCACCGAGCUACGAGCACACCAUACAGCAGCACCAGCAGUUUCCACAACAUCAUCAACAGCAGCAGCAACAAAACGAUUACCUCCCCAACGCACUCGUUCAGCAGCAGUACGAGCAGCAACAACAGAAUCGCUUCCCAUCAUCUUCAUCAUCAACGGCAGCUACUUCUCCAUCAAUGCAGCGUCAAUCGAUGCUUCAGCCACAACAUAAUCAACAACAACAAAGUGCAAUUAGCAACAGCAGCAGCAGCAGCAAUUCCUCUGUGACCAGUAUUGAACCGAACUCAGCGACAGCAUCAUUCUCCUCCUUCGACACGUUCGAUGGUGCGGCGAAUGGCAAUACAACCAGCAGACCUCCCUCACUAGCAGCCACUGGUGCUGUUACCAUGACCACGAGUGACGACGAGUUGGCGAGAGACAUUGAAGGACUGAAGCUAUCCGUUUCUGCAUCAGCUGGUGGUGGUGGCAACGCCGCCAGCGGAGGUAAAACCAAUGGGCUCACACUGCCAACAACGGAACCGAGCAUCACGAUCGCCACGACCGCUUCGAUAACAGUGCCACAAACAUCACCAACAUCGGCAGCUGCUGCUGCACCGGUAACACCGGUGAAGGAACCGAAAUCCUCUUCCGGACACACGUUCUUUCCGAUGUUUCGUUCGUCGAAGAACAGUAGCAACAGUAGCAAUGGCAGCGGUAAUGCUGCUCACAACACUGGCAGUGGCAGUGGACAGAGCCAACAGAACGCAUCGAACAACGCCACUGGCUCGCCUGGUGCGGUAACAUCGAAUGGAGGUGAGAAUGGUACCGAUGGUGAGCCAACGAAGCCUAAUAGCACGGCGGUGCCCGCGACGACACCCGCCAAAAGCAGCACCAAGAAGAGUGGAUUGAACUUCUUCCGGCGCAACAAAUCAUCGUCCGGCGAUAAAAAGGAACCCUCGACACCGACCAAACAGCAAACAGGCUCUCUUGUCACGACGGCUUCCGGUAGCGUUCUUCCAGCGGCCAUUCCACCGGCAACGGCCGCAACACCGGCAGCAACGGGAGCACCGUCAGAUGGGAAGCUACUUCUCGCCGGUGAUUUGGAGAGUGGCGGUGGCUUAAACCAUCGUGCAGAUCGAGCUGGUGCCGGUGUUGGUGGUUCCCACCAUUCUUAUCAUGGCCUGGAGACCACUACCGGUAGUACUGGUGCGGAGAUAGUCGAAAGCUCUGCUACGAUUGUGGCAAAGUAGAUGCUAGAGCAGCAGAAACCGGAACCGGAUGCCAUGCUGCUGGAUGUGAUAUGACUUUUUCGAAUUUUACGGAAUCGUUCAACGCUCGUUAGCUAGACAGUCGAUGAUCGAAGGGAUCGGUAGCUGAAGGGAAGGUGGUUAAAAAGCGGUUUCCCCGCUCAAGUAACGAGUGGUGACUGUGAGUGUAGGAUAGUUUGUUAAGCCGUGGUGUAAAUAGUACCCAACGUUCGCUCUCUUUCUCUGUGCUCUCUGAUCACGGCGUGGCCUAUAGCGAGAGCUGAGCUUGUGCGGACGCGGGUACAUCCAUUGAUCAAGCCGCUCGCGAACAUCGCAAACAGAAUGCAGAAUGACAUAUUGGCAAAACUGAUACCGUGCUAUCCUCAAUCCAUAUCGCACGCUUUGCUGUGGAUACACCCGAAUCAAUGGGAUGAAGCUGAAGUAGUUCCACCUCCGAUGGUACGGCAGAUCAACCACACGCUGGUUAAUUAGCGACUGUUUUAUGGAAGCGCCUAUUCGCUACGCAUUUUUUGUGUACCCAUGGACCUUUGCGAGCUGCCUUUGCGCACAUUAUACACAAAGGUCAGACACAAACAUGGGCGCGUGCGCGCGCGCGCGAUUGCUCAUGAUGUAUUUUGCUCAGAGAGCGCAAUUGCCAGGAUAGCCUAGAACAGACAAACUCCUUAAGUAUUACUUCAAACCAGUUCGAUUUUGCGACCAAAUUCCAAGCUGUGAGCAGAUGUGUUGUAGCUUUCAAUAUCAAACAAACACGUGCGACCCCGUCGGUCGUACGGCUCACCUCAUGAGAUUCAUUAGAAGGAAACGGUAGGAGUAGCCCAAAUCAUUGUGUGCGAGGUAGUUAUUCUAUCUUGAAAUUUCGAAAUAAGAUCACCUCAACUACUUGUAUUGACAUCUACGCAAACUUAACUCAUGAUCGUAUUGAUCUCAUCAGUAGUAGUAGAAGGGAGGAGAAUGAGUAGAAAGAGGCAAAGUCCUGUUUAGCUAGCUCAGGGACUGUUUAUGCACAUGGUGCUCUUAAUGAUGAGGCAGCAUCAUGCUUGCAUCUGGCGAAAUCGUGUAUAUUGAAGGCCUUAAUCGAACCUCCCCCAAGCAGUGGCAUCCCAAUGGAACUUCCAUAAGGAUUCCAAAAGGGAAUGCCACGUUGACGUUGUACGUGGAUGAGGCUUAUAGAAAACGGAAAAGAAAAGGCAAAUCGAAAGCGACCAUUUUAUGAAGCCAGUGCUAUAAAAAUUGUCAAUUGCGACAAAAUUCCAUUUUCAGUAGAGAAAAAGCAGAAAGAACCCACAAGUGGCGAAAUCACUAGAAAGCAUAAGUCAAAAAGAAGGGUGGUGCAACACAUCACCGAUCGACCGAGAUCGAGCGUUAGUUUUAAGAUGCAAGAGAAUAACGAAACAGCGAGUGAACAUGAUUUUGGAAAGGCAGUAGGAAAGGAGCAACGCAACGCAAAUGAGGUUGGUGGAGGAUGGUACGGUUGGCGUUUGUUUUCUUGUUGGAUAAGACAGAAGUGCAGUGGGGACGAAUGCGUAGACAGCACCUUAGCAUAUUUAGGAAUAUCCAUUUUCUACUCGCGUUCAUGAUCGGUUGUCUACACAACCUCUUUUUUCUAUUCUCUAUUGUAUAAUGUAAAACCUAGUUUGUGAAAGGAUCGUACGCACCGUGUCAGCUGCGUGAACCGGCAAACCCAGACCCAGUACGAGCGUAGAAGCGUUACAUGGAGCUGCUGGACGUCACGCAGCGAAGCGAAGUAAAUGCUGCCAUUUUUUUCCUUUAGAACAAUUAGUGCAUUGUGGUUAGGAUUGAGUUGAUGAGUAUGGGUGCGAGGGAGGAACGGAAAAUGGUAGAAAUCCUUAUUUUCCAGAUAUUUAUUGAUUGCGAGCGGAUGUGAGGACAUAACGGUUGUUCUUCUCGGUGGAGCUAACAGCAAAGCGAAUGCUGAUUCAGAUGCAGUAUCAGAACACCAUUAACGGUGGUAGCUAGCGAGUAGGCCAAUAGCGGAUCGCUAACGGAUAGUCGAUUGAUCUAGCAUAGUAUAGUGUAUGCAUAUCGAGGACAGCACACUGCAACAUCCCGCGAGGAAUAGUAUUCAAAUGCGUGGCCCUUCCGUUGCGUACUGAUUUGGUUCACCAUGCCCUGCCAUGGUGCACGUUAGUUUAAAGCAAAAAGCCAGACAAGGACUGUGUCGAAACAAGUGUGAUGAUUUUGUGCGUGUUUUACUUAUGAGUUGAUUGCAGGCCGGCCAGCUUACAUGCACGCUAAUUAGUUGAGGUGAAGAGAGCCGCCAUCCCCACACCGGUGCUUCCGUGGCUCGAUGAUCUCAACAUUCGUGUUCCAGCGAGAGCAUCAAUCUCGGUUUUGUGGUUUUUUGUUGUUGUAAAGUGUGCUAUUAAACGAGAAGAUUAUGCCUCGUGCUUGGUUUUGCCGAUGCUUUUCUUCUUUUUUUAAAAAAUAACAAAAGUAUUUCUUUCAGAUCAUCAAUUCAUUCCUUUUAAACGACGCCAUAAUCGGGGGAAACAGUGUGUG